AUGAUCAUUCUCGACACUUCACCUGCAACAACUACUGCUCCGGAGCAGCUUCCCCAUGAAAAUGGUCACUUUUUCGAGGGUGCAGAAAAGCGUCUAGUCGUCUACUAUGCCACCAGCACCAACACAGUCGACACUACUUCGUCCUUUGUGCUACCGGACCUUCGCACUGUUCCGCAAAGUGAAUGGGAGGAAGUGCUGGAGUUGGCCAACUGCAAGAUUCUACACAGCAUGUCUAACAGUGAAAUGAUUGCCUACCUGCUCAGCGAAUCCUCAAUGUUCAUCUCCCGCAAUUGUGUGCUCCUCAAAACUUGUGGCACCACAACUCUCCUGCUCGCUCUACCAAAGCUGCUCCAGCUGGCUCCUAAACUGGGCCUUCAAGUGGUCGAUGUCUACUACUCGCACAAGAACCUGCUCAUUCCCCAGGCUCAAUCAGCGCCACACCUCAGCUUUGAUCAAGAGUGCGACUUUCUCAACAACAAACUGCCUUCAAAAGGUGUGAAAACAGCAUUCUCAGCAGGUAACAUGAGCCUUGACAGAUUCUUUCUCUACUCACACAACAGCGACACCUUUGAACGCAGCCCAAACUUCAGUAAAAAUGAGCAUCUAAAGUUUGAAAUGAUCAUGGAGAAUCUGAAUGAAUCGGUGAUGGAGCAGUUCAUUUUCACUGGCAAACCACAUGUUACGGCAAAGGAAGUGACGAUCAAAUCGGGCAUUUCACGCUUGAUUCCUGAAAUGCAAAUUGAUGAUUACAUCUUUGAUGGCUGUGGUUACUCGAUGAAUGGACUCAGUGGCACAAACUACCUCACCAUUCACAUUACUCCUGAGAAAGGUUUCUCUUUUGUGUCGCUUGAAACUAACAUUCCAAUGAAGGAUUAUGGCGCCUUUGUUCGAAAGGUGCUGAAGUGUUUCAAGCCGGGUAAACUUCAGAUCAAUUUGAUGCUAGCCGAAAGUGAACAGUUUAAAAAAAUAGUGCCAGUCUUUGGCUCUCCCAUCGAUUCAAUUGACGAUUUAAUCAAAGUGGUGCAAAGUGACUCCAAGUUUAUCGCCAUGAAUGGUCGGUCCAUCUACUGGUACGAUCUGGUUAAUGCCAAGGCGGAUAAUUUCGUGUACUACACACUGGGCAAGCACCUUAAUCGGUAA